AUGAAAAACUUGGUGCUACUAUUUUUAGUAGCAGGGCUCGCCUCGGCGCAUAUCAAACUUGUUUAUCCGCCAGCUCGUCAACCGGCUCUCGAUUUUUAUACUUCGAGUAAUAGUCAAGGAGCAUGCGGUGUGCCAAAACCAGAAAAUGGAAAAGGUGUCCGAACUUUUUUCAAAUCAGGAAGCACGAUUGAAUUGAAUUGGUUUAUGGCUGUUCCACAUAUGGUGAGUUUAACUUCGAGAUUUUUUGAUUAGGGAAUUUUUCUCAACUAUUUAUAAUAUUUUUUAUCAACUUUUAUAUUUAUUCUGUAGAUUUUACAGUAAUACUGAAUCGAUUAAUGUGGUUCAGGCCUGUGCCGGAAAUUUUCCGAAUUUCCGUAUUUUCCGGUUUUUUCACGGAAAAAUUAAUUUUCCGGUUUUCCGGAAAAUUUGGUCGGAAAUUCCGGAAAAUGAUUUUUAAUAGUAAUAUCUUCAAUAUUGCUGAAAUUUUGAGAAAUUUCCUCAGUUUGUGAUACAAAAAAAAUUUUUUUUUUUUUUUUGAAAAUUUUUUUUCCAAUUUUUCUGAAUUUUACGAUUAUUUGAACGUAAAAAGUUCUAAAAUAGAAGAAUUGUAUCUAAAAAUACAAUUUAGGACCAACUUAGUGCUGAAAUUUCAAAUUUUUAGACUUUGAAAAAUUUUCCGAAUUUUCCGGAUUUUCCGGUUCAAAAAAUCCGGAAAUUUUCCGACUUUCCGUUUUCCGGGUUUCGAUUUUCCGGCACAGGCCUGAUGUGGUUAAUUUUCCAGUGAAUUUUCAAAGUUAUAUUUUUGCCUCCUUUUCAAAUUAUCUUUUAGUCAUAAUUUUCCAUUUUUCAUGUAGUUUUUGAUCACUGAUAACAAUUCUGCUAAGUUUAACUCCAAACAUCCGUUAUGACGUGGUAAGAUUGAAAAUCUCGAAAGUAUUGAAAAUGUAGCAAGUGAUUUUUUGAUGAAAAGGUUCAAAAACUACUUUACUUGUCUAGUUAUCACAAUUUGCAACACAAUUUCGACAUAAUUUCAAUUCACAAAUUGUGACAGAACACAAUUUUUAUUUCAAUAAUUGUUCCGAAUAGAGUCGACGAAAAACAUAAUGUGAAGUUCAAAAAUACUUUUCCCAAAAAAGGAAACUUUUCAAAAGUACAUUCUUAUCAAAUGUGUCAAUCUUAUCCAUCAUCCAUAAAUACAUAUAUUUUCUUCUACCUACCAGCGCGCAGUCUCUAAUUAUCCACCUCCCCUUCUUUUCCAAAAUAUACCGACUAAUCCCUUCUUUCCCUUUUGCCAAGAUAACUAACAAGGAAUGUUCCACAAUGUUCCCCCUCGAAAAAAGGUGGGACUAUGCGGGUAUUGUAGGUCCCCCUGGGCUUGAAAAAGCCCAAAGGGAUUUUGUAAGUAAAAAUUUUUAACAGGAGUUUUUUGGGAAAAAAUUUUUUUUUUGAAAAUUUUUCGAUUCUGAACUUUAAAAAUUUGAAACUAGGGUUAGAGUUGACUAAAUUACUCGAUCAAAAAAUCAAAAUGAAGCUAAAAUGCUAUACUUUUAAAGGUAUUACAGCUCUGUUGAUGAAAAAAAUAUUAGAGAUUAAAAACCAAUGAAAACGAAAAAAUUUGAAAAGACCAAAAAUUGGAAAAGCAUGAAGGAGGCGAAUUCAUGAGUUCUAGUUGCUUCCAAAGCAUUCAGAACGCAAAUUUAGGUCUAGGCACACUUUUUCGGAAAAUUUGACCGUGGAAUAUGAGCACUUUACAGUUUUGUAGGCGAAUAAUCCAGAAAAAUGCAUCUUGUAGGUGCAACCAAUGGUGACCAAGUGGUUAACACGCAUGAUUAUUGAGAAAUCAGUCAUGGGUUCGAUCCCACAUGCUUCCUACUUUUUUUUCGAAGUGACAACAUAAUCAAAUAUGUUCUCAAGGCGUUGAAUAUGACAUAAAAGGUUCUCUAGACUGGUCUCCUUGAAAGAAAUUGUCUCAAGGCUUGGCUCCUUGAAGCAAACAGUCUCAAGGUUCGGCUGCUUGAAAUACAUCACCUCAAGGCUUGGCUGCUUGGACUACAUCACCUCAAGGCUUGGCUCCUUGAAGCAAACAGUCUCAAGGCUCGGCUUGUUGUCAUAAAUCGUUUCAAGGCUUGGAUUCUUGAACAAAACAUUCUCAAGGCUUGGCUCCUUGAAGCAAACAGUCUCAAAGCUCGGCUCCUUGAAACAAACAGUCUCAAAGCUCGGCUCCUUGAAACAAACAUUCUCAAGGCUCGGCGGCUUGGACUACAUCACCUCAAGGCUUGGCUGCUUGGACUACAUCACCUCAAGGCUUGGCUCCUUGAAGCAAACAGUCUCAAGGCUCGGCUUGUUGUCAUAAAUCGUUUCAAGGCUUGGAUUCUUGAACAAAACAUUCUCAAGGCUUGGCUCCUUGCAGCAAACAGUCUCAAAGCUCGGCUCCUUGAAACAAACAUUCUCAAGGCUCGGCGGCUUGGACUACAUCACCUCAAGGCUUGGCUGCUUGGACUACAUCACCUCAAGGCUUGGCUCCUUGAAGCAAACAGUCUCAAAGCUCGGCUUGUUGUCAUAAAUCGUUUCAAGGCUUGGAUUCUUGAAACAAACAUUCUCAAGGCUCGGCGGCUUGGACUACAUCACCUCAAGGCUCGGCGGCUUGGACUACAUCACCUCAAGGCUUGGCUGCUUGGACUACAUCACCUUAAGGCUUGGAUCCUUGAAGCAAACAGUCUCAAGGUUCGGUUCCUUGAAGCAAACAUUCUCAAGGCUCGGCUGCUUGGACUACAUCACCUCAAGGCUUGGCUGCUUGGACUACAUCACCUCAAGGCUUGGCUCCUUGAAGCAAACAGUCUCAAAGCUCGGCUUGUUGUCAUAAAUCGUUUCAAGGCUUGGAUUCUUGAAACAAACAUUCUCAAGGCUCGGCGGCUUGGACUACAUCACCUCAAGGCUCGGCGGCUUGGACUACAUCACCUCAAGGCUUGGCUGCUUGGACUACAUCACCUUAAGGCUUGGAUCCUUGAAGCAAACAGUCUCAAGGUUCGGUUCCUUGAAGCAAACAUUCUCAAGGCUCGGCUGCUUGGACUACAUCACCUCAAGGCUCGGCGGCUUGGACUACAUCACCUCAAGGCUUGGCUGCUUGGACUACAUCACCUUAAGGCUUGGAUCCUUGAAGCAAACAGUUUCAAGGCUCGGCUUGUUGUUAUAAAUCGUUUCAAGGCUUUAGCUCCUUGGAACAAACAUUCUCAAGGUUCGGCUGCUUGAAAUACAUCACCUCAAGGCUCGCAGUUGAAUGUAUUUCACAAGAAGCCGAACCUUGAGGUGGUGUAUUUCAAGCAGCCGAGCCUUGAGACUGUUUGCUUCAAGGAUCCAAGCCUUAAGGUGAUGUAGUCCAAGCAGCCAAGCCUUGAGGUGAUGUAGUCCAAGCAGCCAAGCCUUGAGGUGAUGUAUUUCAAGCAGCCGAACCUUGAGACUGUUUGCUUCAAGGAGCCAAGCCUUGAGACAAUUUCUUUCAAGGAGACCAGUCUAGAGAACCUUUUAUGUCAUAUUCAACGCCUUGAGAACAUAUUUGAUUAUGUUGUCACUUCGAAAAAAAAAAGUAGGAAGCAUGUGGGAUCGAACCCAUGACUGAUUUCUCAAUAAUCAUGCGUGUUAACCACUUGGUCACCAUUGGUUGCACCUACAAGAUGCAUUUUUCUGGAUUAUUCGCCUACAAAACUGUAAAGUGCUCAUAUUCCACGGUCAAAUUUUCCGAAAAAGUGUGCCUAGACCUAAAUUUGCGUUCUGAAUGCUUUGGAAGCAACUAGAACUCAUGAAUUCGCCUCCUUCAUGCUUUUCCAAUUUUUGGUCUUUUCAAAUUUUUUCGUUUUCAUUGGUUUUUUAAUCUCUAAUAUUUUUUUCAUCAACAGAGCUGUAAUACCUUUAAAAGUAUAGCAUUUUAGCUUCAUUUUGAUUUUUUGAUCGAGUAAUUUAGUCAACUCUAACCCUAGUUUCAAAUUUUUAAAGUUCAGAAUCGAAAAAUUUUCAAAAAAAUUUUUUUCCCAAAAAAAACUCCUGUUAAAAAUUUUUACUUACAAAAUCCCUUUGGGCUUUUUCAAGCCCAGGGGGGACCUACAAUACCCGCAUAGUCCCACCUUUUUUCGAGGGGGAACAUUGUGGAACAUUCCUUGUAAGAAUGAAAAUGAUUGCGUGAUUAUGAUCAGGUCAAUGUCAUAUUACUAGACAUAUAUUUUGUCUAAUCGUUGACAAUAUAUAAUUAGAGGGACACUAGAUCCGAGACUAUUUUUAUGUUUGUUUUUUUUCAAAACAACAUCAAAACAUAGGAAAAACACAAUGAGGUCAAUUGAUACUUGAGAAAAAAGUUAACAAGCGAAAGUUGUUUCAGGGAGGAAUUCGAUUGGAAGUUUUGAACUCGUCUGAUGAACCAAUCGCAAUUUUCACCAAUUUCAACGAUGCGUUCAAUGUUACCGAAACUUCGAAAAAAGUUGAGCUUCCGCCAAAUUUUGAAUGUAAAGAUUGUGCAAUUCGAAUGACGACACAAGCCACAGAAUAUGGAAAUUCAUAUUUCUUCUAUUCAUGCGCUGACAUGAAUAUUGUUAAUGGUAAGUUCCACAUCUCUUAUAUAAGAUUAGAUCAUUUACCAACACACUCUUAUUUUCAGAAAUUCCUGAUGGUGACACCUGUCUUGGAAAUGGUAACCGAACAAAUGGAAUUUGUCGUUGUUUCGAUGGUUUCUCUGGAAAUGAUUGUCAAUUCGAAGAUGAAUGUAAAGAAGAUGAUGAUUGUGGAGUUCAAGGAUAUUGUAAAGUUGGAAAUAAUCAUCCAAGAAGUCAAUGUUUUUGCCCAGUUAGCAGACAUGGAAAGAAUUGUGAACAGGAAUCAGACAGCAUCCGAAGUGUCGCUGAUUUUGACGAGACUCAAUAUCAAAAACGCGAGGAUCAAGGCAAUCAAAUUUUCUGGCGAGUAUUGAAAGACGAGAUCGAAUUUGUUCUCCGUUAUCCUGGUCAAUCUUGGGUUGCUUUGGGAUGGAAAACACCAGGAGCCACUUGCGAUGUUACUCCAGAAGAUUUUGCUAGCAAAAUGAGAAAGUUUGAAUCCACCACAACUCCCACUGGUAUCCCAGAUGUUAUUUCGAGUUCAACAAUUCGUGAACAAACCGACAACGGAGAUCACGAAUGUGGACCAAAUGAGAUGUGGUCUGAAUGUCCUGAAUCUUCAAGAGAAUGUGAACAUUCAUGCGAUUGGACACAUUUCCCAGAAACUACACCAAAUUGUCCAAAUACUUGUGGAGAACCACGUUGUAUUUGUAAAGAAAGCUUUGUUCGUAUGGCAAAUGAUGAAGAUGUUUGUGUUCCAUUUGAUUUCUGUGAGAAAACAGUCAGCGAGAAUGAGAGUUGUCAAUCGAAUUCGACUUGGGCUAAAUGUGGAACUGCUUGCGAACCAACUUGCGCUAAUAUGUAUGACACAUCUCCCUGCCCAGCCAGUUGCGAAAAACCAGCUUGCACUUGUGCUGAUAAUUAUGUUAGACAUAACGGCCAAUGUAUUUAUUGGGGAGAUUGUCCAGAACUCGCUGAAAAAUCAACAACAAAAACAAGUGAUAUCACAGCCACUCCAAGCACUGUUUCUAUUUCUAAUAAAGCUGUUUCUGCUCCACAUGCCAGAGUUCCACCAACUGAAAAAGUUGUUGUUUCUGAAUGUGCUUUGAACGAAACUUUGAAUGAAUGUGGACGAGUUUGCGAAGCUGAUUGUGUUUCGAUUUUCACUCGUUCUGAAUGUAGUGAUUGUGGAUCAGCAGCCUGUGCUUGUAUUCAAGGAUACGCUAGAAACAGCGAAGGAAAUUGUGUUUACUGGGGAGAUUGUACAGCUCAAGAUACCAGCUCUCAACCAACAUCAACAACUUCUGCACCAACCACAACUGGAUUACCACAAACUGCUCCACCAAGUGUCAAUGGAGAUGUUUGUUAUGGUGAUUUCCGUUAUCCAACCGGAUGUUCUGAUUGUGAAUACAAAUUGUCAUGGAACUUCCUCGAAGAGACCAAUGAAGUUGAAUUCUCUUUGGAGACUAGACUCGGAGAAAAUUCGUGGUCUGGAGUUGGAUUCAGUGAAGAUGGAACUAUGCAAGAUGCUGAUAUGAUUCUUAUCACUUCAAGAAAUGGAAAACUCAGUUUGAAAGAUAUGCAAAGUCGCGGAUAUGAUGUUCCAGCUCUUGAUGCUCAACAAGACGUCAAAUCCACUUCUGAUGUCGUAAGUUUUAUUUUUUCUAUUUUAGAAAUUUUAAAAAAUGAUGGAUAUUUUUCAGAUCGGAACCCAUGCUAACGGAGUUCUCCGAGCUCAAUUUGUCAGAAAAGUCAAUACCGGAGAUGCAACAGACAAACAAUUUGAUGGAGAUUCUUGCUGGAAAAUGUUGUACCCAAUUGCUGGUGGAAAACUUGAUCAAUAUGGAAACAUCUCAAUUCAUUUGAGCACACCAAUCUCGUCUGAAAAACCAGUAUGUAUUAGAAGUUGUAGACCAAACAAGAAACAAGAAAAAUCGCCAUUGACCACAUCCUCGCCAACCACUGCUUCAUCAUCAUCAUCGUGUGGAGUUAGUGAAUAUAGAUUCCCAGAAGGAUGUGCUGAUUCGGAUUGUGAUUAUAUUGCUAAAUGGACUUAUGAUACUUCGAAGAAAGAUGUUAGAUUUGAAAUCAGUUCGAAAACAGCUGGAAGAUGGACUGGAAUCGGAUUCUCAAAAGACGGACAAAUGGCAAACUCUGAUGUUUACACCGGAUGGGUUUAUGAAGGAAAAGCUUAUAUCACUGAUAGAUUUGCCUAUGGAAGACAAUUGCCAGCAAUUGAUCCAGCUGAUCGUCAAGAUAUCUAUGAUAUUGGAGGUAAAACAGUCGAUGAUACUCAAACAAUCUGGUUCAGAAGAAAAUUGAUCUCGAAAGACAGUAAAACUGAUCUUUCACUCGAUGAAUGUCUCUAUUUCUUGUUCCCAGUUGGAGGAGGACGUGUUUUGGCUAGAAAGAGUUCCGACUUCACAAAUCCAAAAACACCAAUCGGAUAUCACGAUCAAGUACAACCCCAAGUUUCCGCUGCCAAGAUCUGUAUCUGUGACGAAUCAGGAAAAUCAGUCUCCCACCAAACCAGUUCCCCAGUUUCUACUCGUGUUCGCCGUGCAGCAAAUCGUGUAACAAGUGCAAUGCAUUGCACAGAUAUGGUUGUUGGUAUGGUUUCGAAUGGCCGUGCUAGAGUUAUGGAUUAUUUCUCACCAUCAAAGGCUACACCAAUGGUUGAUUCAUUCUUCGGAGGAGAAAACUCGUUGUCGUCAGCUGCUGCUUUCCAAGAAGAUGGAGUUACAACAGUUAUCUUCAGAAAGAAGAUUGAAUCUAGUGAAAAAUGGGACAACUCAUUUAUAAAUGGACCAAUGACUGUUAUUUGGGCCAAAGGAGCUGAUCCAUUAAAUUAUGUUCACACAACUGGUGGAAAUCCAAUCAAGGCAGAUACUGAUUUCUUUGCCAACUCUUUCAAAUACCACGGAAAGAAUGCUAGGGGAGUAUUGACUAUCAAUUUCUUGGAAGAUCAACGACCAGUUGCUCCAACAGUUCAUGGAAUGCAUCUUGAUAUGCACACUUGCGAAGGAAAUAUCAAUUAUCCAGAAGGAUGUGUUGGUCAAGAAUGUUCAUACACUAUUUCGUGGAUAAGUGACGGAACUGUUGCUCGUUUCUCUUUGCGUGGAGCUUUCGCUACUGGAACUUGGACUGCUCUUGGAUUCUCAACUGAUGGUAAUAUGGCUGCGGCUGAUGCCGUUGUUGUUGGAAUUCAAAACAAUAAUGUUAUGGUGACUGAUCAAUUUAUGCCAAAUUAUGGAAGACCAAUUGUCGAUGAACAACAAGAUAUUUUCGACGUUGAAUCAACAUAUAUCGAUGGAAUUUUGACUGCCAACUUCUCUCGUGAACUUCACAGCGAUGAUUCUCAUGAUGUUGAUCUUCAAGAAUGUGUCUAUUUGUUGUAUUCACCAUCUGGUGGUGUAAUUGAGAAGAAUGGUGAGAUUCGCAAGCACGAAGGAACCCCAUUGAAGAGUCAAUCAAAGAUUUGUCUCAAUAAAUGCACAACUGAUACAAAGACAGCUGUCAGUAAACCAGUUGCAGAAAUCACAACAACUCCAACCACUUCAACACCAAUCACUUCCACAACAAGAAAGGCUCCAUCUACAAUUCCAUCAAGACAACCAGGAAAGGGACCAGUUCAAAUGCCACCAAUGCGCACCAAAACUCCAUAUGUGGUUUAUGAACCAGAAACCGAGGCUAAGAAACGAUACGGACUUCGCGUUAGAAUUCUCAACAGAGAAUUCAAUCCAGCUUUGCUCGACUCGAAAACCGGAUAUUAUCAAGAUUUCACCAAAGAAGUCACUGGAGCCAUCGAUGAACUUCUCGCAAAACGCUGGAAAGGAAUGCGUGUCUCUAAAAUCGUUGGAUACGAAAAAGGAUCAGUUAUUGCUGAAUUCGAAGUCGUCGCCACUGAACAAACAGCCAAAGUUAUGGAACUCAAAUCGCUUGUCGAAGAAAACGCAGUGCGCGGAGCAAUCGGAGCAUUCUCAAUUGAACCAUCAACUGUUCGAGUCAACGAAGUUGAUACCAGUGUUGCCAAGAGAGAAGAAGACGUUCUUCAAGAUUGGUCAAUGUGGAGAAACAUCGGAAUUAUUGCUCUUUGCUCAGUAUUCAUGCUCAUUUUUAUCUCAUUGAUCUGUUGUUUGUUGUGCAGAUGCAGAAGACGAACAACUUAUGUAAGUUUGGAUAAAUGAACAGAACGGUUUGAGGUUGAAAAACAUUUCUUUUUCAGUCAGCAUACCCAGUCGCUGAUGCUCAUAUGUCUUAUGGUGCUCGAAUGAUGAACGAAAAGGCUGGAUUUGACAAUGCCAUGUAUCACAAUCCAUCGUCUCAACGAUACUACUCCCAAACUACUGUUGCGUCAACAAAACUAUCAGAUGAAGCACCACCAGGCGGAGUUGGAGAAACUACCUAUCAAGAAUGGUAUAACAAGGUAAGUCAACUCAAAAAUAUCACAGAACAAAGAGAUUAAUAUCAUUUUAUAGGUUGGUUCAAAGCCAGCAUCUCAACAAGUUGAAGAAGCGCCAAUCGCCCCACCAUCAAAUCCAUCUCGUCCGCCAUCAACUCAACCCUAUGUGUCUUAUCCAAAUGAUCCAACCGGAUAUUACACAUUAGGCGGUAGAAAUCGACAAAAUUCGGGCAGCGCAGCUCAUCGUUACUAA